AUGUCGCCAACCAAGGAUCUGUUUCGACCAUAUCUUGCAAGACAUGCAAACCUGAGGGGUAUUGGCGACGAGAGGCCUACCGCUCUUGAGAUCGUGCAUGAUCUGAAGGCUGAGGGAACACUCAAAGAUGCCGUCAUUCUCAUCACCGGAUGCUCUGCUGGCCUUGGAAUUGAGACUGCAAGAGCAUUGUACCUGACUGGCGCAAAACUUUACUUGACAUUCCGUAAUGUGAAGAAAGGUCAGGCUGCUAUCAAGGCUAUCACAGCAGACGCAACAGCUGGUCAGGAGAUAGAGUUCUUGAACAUGGAUCUAGGUGAUCUUGAGAGUGUGCGAUCAGCCGCUGCCGAAUUCAAGUCUAAAAGCAACAAGCUCAACAUCUUGAUCAAUAACGCUGGUGUCAUGGCAGCGCCUCAGGGAAAGACUGUCAGUGGCUUCGAGACACACAUGGGAAGCAACCAUUUCGGCCACUUCUUGCUCUUCGAACUGCUCAAGCCUGUGCUACUGUCAUCAGCUUCGCCCGACCACAAAUCUCGUGUCAUCAACUUAUCUAGCAGUGGCCACCUUAUCAGCCCUAUUCGUUUUGAUGACAUGGAAUUUGCAAAGGAAGGAAGCUACAACCCUUAUGCCGCCUAUGGACAAAGUAAGACAGCAAACAUUUACAUGGCCAACUACAUCGACAGAGUCUACGGCCAACAUGGUAUUCGUGCUGUCUCGGUUCAUCCUGGUGUUAUUCUGUCGACUGAGCUCAUGCGUCAUCAAAAGGUCGAAGACCUUCAAAGUAUCGGCGACCCAGAAUACUUCAAGAAGAUCGAGUGCAAUGCAGGGCAGGGAGCUGCUACUACAGUGUGGGCUGCAUUGAGUCCGUACUUCGAGAAUCAUGGAGGGGUCUACCUCGCUGAGGUUGGUGUGGCUCCUGCACUAGCGGAGGAUGAGGGCAUCGGAAGAUGUGGUUAUGCUACGUAUGCAUAUGAUGAGGAAGUGGAGGAUCGUCUAUGGCAAGUCAGCUUGAGAGCUGUUGGGCUAUAA